CAAGGGUCGAAAAUUGCCUGUCGCAGCUUCGCACCAUCUCUUGAAAGCAGUGGUAAAUAUUUUCAAUUCUCAAAGGUGCAAUAAAGGGACGAAAUUCUAUAUUGUUUAAAUUUUAUCACACAAAAAAAAUAAAGUUCUUCAUCAUGGCCGACCGAAAAAGGGCCACCGACUACUUUAUAGACAUUGUUGUCUUUGCUGGCAUGACAGCAACCCUUUACUUCCUGACGAAGAACAUUCUAUCAUCCCUAUCGUCGACACUGGGCGACCCAGACAAGGAGAAGCACGAACAAGCGCGGUUAAGAGCAAAGGCGAACCUCCAGAGAUUACGCAAGAUACAAAACAGCGAUGGCACAGCAAAUGGAGAGGCCGAGGAUGGCGAAGGUGGUCAGAGAAACGGCCCGGCUGUGGAAGAGCUGCAGUUGAACGAAUACGAGAACAUGAUUGCGAUGGAUGUCGUUGCGCCGGAGGACAUAAAUGUUGGGUUCGAUGCUAUCGGUGGCCUGGAGGACAUCAUCGAGGAGGUCAAGGAGUCGGUCAUUUACCCUCUGACGAUGCCUCACCUAUACUCGCACGCUGCUCCACUCCUGUCGGCGCCAUCGGGUGUUCUUCUGUACGGACCUCCUGGCUGUGGAAAAACAAUGCUUGCCAAGGCUGUUGCACACGAGAGCGGUGCAUCCUUCAUCAACCUACACAUCUCGACCCUGACGGAGAAGUGGUAUGGAGAUUCUAACAAGCUCGUCCGAGCUGUCUUCUCGCUGGCGCGGAAGCUCCAGCCCGCUAUUAUAUUCAUUGAUGAGAUCGAUGCCGUUCUGGGAACUCGCAGGAGUGGAGAGCACGAGGCCAGCGGCAUGGUCAAGGCAGAGUUUAUGACUCUCUGGGAUGGAUUAACAUCGGCAAACGCUUCAGGUGUUCCCUCAAGGAUAAUGGUGCUUGGUGCGACGAAUCGAAUCAACGAUAUAGACGAGGCCAUCCUGAGGAGAAUGCCCAAAAAGUUCCCCGUGCCGUUGCCCGGCACAGAACAACGCCGGCGCAUCUUGGAACUCAUAUUGGGCGAAACAAAGAGGGAUCCUGAGCACUUUGACCUCGAAUAUAUCGCAGCCGUGACGGCGGGCAUGUCAGGCAGCGAGAUCAAAGACGCAUGUCGUGACGCGGCCAUGUCACCGAUGCGCGAGUUUAUUCGUACACAGCGUGCAGCCGGGACACCCAUGUCCAGUAUCGACCCCACCCAAGUCAGGGGAAUCCGUACUGAUGACUUCUUUUCAAGGAAGGGGGCUGGACCCCGGGUGGCAAGCGUGGGGGAGAACAAAAAGAGCAAGGCGAAGCAAAAUUCUACCGCAGAAAAGCAUGCUGAACGCGCAACGGACAGCGAGUAUGAGGAUGUCGACGAAGAGCACGCGAGGCCGGUGUCGCCUGAUUAAACUUGCUGGUACUAAUUCUAGUUGUUGCCGGUUCCGGUCUGUCUAUAUGACUAGGGUGUUUUUUUUUUCUCCCCCAUAAUGUUUUGUUUUCAUGACAUGAACAUAGACAUGCGAGAUUACCGUCAAAUGGUGGCAUAAUUGUACACGCGUAAACAUAAACAAAUUGCAUUUUCUAGGGCAGAUUACCAUAUUUGAGACGAACAUUUAUCUGAUAAACUUUUACAUAGUAAUUUAGGUAUAGCUCUGGG